UGCAGUGGACCUACUGCAGUUGCCCAGAUCAAGAGAGGGCAAUGUAGCAUGUUUGGUUGCAAUUGACCAUUAUUCAAAAUGGCUGAGUGUGGUUCCGUUGCGCGAUAAGACAGCAUCAUCAGUGGUUAAGGCAUUUGCUCAUCGCAUACUGCCAACAAUGAUUCGCACUCCUGAUCGCUUGUUGUCGGAUAAUGGUCCUGAAUUUCGUAGUUCACUCUUUACCGAUCUACUUUGCACGUAUGGUAUUAAACACAUUACAACCACACCGUAUCAACCAAGUAGUAAUGGAUGUGUGGAAAGAGUAAACCGUUCAGUGACAGAGAUCCUUCGAAAUUUGGCAACGUCAUCAAGUUGGGACAAGGAACUAGCCCGUGCCGUCAUUAUUUAUAACCAUACCAGGCACUCAGAAUUGCAGAUGUCACCAGCUGAGUAUCUGCUUACUAAGAAGCACGUGGUGAUUGACACACCAGUGGUUACAACAGAGGACCUAAUGCUCUGGUCACCAGGAAAUCCUAGAUUCAAGCCAUUUGCAGUUGGUGAUCUAGUGAGGAAAAAGAUAAAUUUUGGAAAUCGAUGUGUGAAAAACAAGUUUCAGCCUCGUUUUGAAGGACCCUAUGAAGUUGUUCAAGUACAUGACAACAAAGUGACUUACAAAAUAAGACCUUUGCAUGGUGGCAAUGUGGUCCCUGCUCAUCAUAAUCAGCUUGCGACCUGGAAGACUUCACCUGCAUAUCUGAACUUUGACACCUCCAAGGAUCUUGGUGGUGAUGUUACCUGCAGUCGAUCAGAGUUGUCUGAAGCUUCGCUGGUAUCUUCAGAGACUUCUCUAACUUCCCUUCUGUCUUCAUCAUCAGACUCCACUGGUGAAUUCUCGGGAUUUGUGCAGCCAAAUCAUGCCGCUAAAUUCCCUGAUACCUCUCCAGUAAAUGAGCUGAAUGCAGAGAGAGACUCAACAUCAUCAUGCAUUAGAACUGAAGGCAGAAGACAUAAGGUGCCAACUUUUGAUAUGGGGCAACCUUUCCCUAAGUCUUGUACUGCAGGUGCAGGAGAGCCUGUUGUUGAUUUGCAGUCCAAGGAUGGUAAUGAGAUGAAUGGAGAAUCUUCCAAGUUGCAUUCUGGUGUAGUGUUACCAGUUGAUGGUGAGACAUGGGAUAUGUCUUCAAUUAGUAGUGUUAAGAGUUUACCAGAAGCUAAAUUAAUGAAGCGAGAAAAAUUGUAUCUACAAGUGGCCAAGUUUGUAAAGAACUACAUCAUUAAACUUCUGGAUGAAGCAUGUGAUAGAGUGGUGGUCAGCCCGAGAGAACAAUCAAUGGUCCAGGAAGAUGGAUCAUUUUCAGGAUUUGCUGCUGCCAUCCUCACAGCUGAUGAAGAUAAGAUAGCUACUCCAGUUGUAUCAACUGAUGAAGAGGCUCUGUUGAGUAGAACUGGUUGUGAACGUCUGCAAAAUUCAGUUUGUGAUGCUGAGUCAGGCAGUACUAAUUGUGAUAAGUUGGCUGUGAUCCCUGAUUUUAGACCUGUAACCAGAUCUCGAGGUUUAGUUGCUGAUCUACCUAAUGUGAUGGAUGUUCCUGUUGAAUAUGUUAAGUCUUUGAACAAGUAAAUUUUGUAAUUGUAGUAUUAAGCAAAGUAGGCUGUAAUUUAGGUAGAUUGGUUGGCUAAGAGAUGUGAAGGAGAGCACUGGAGGGGGGGUGUGUUAUGGGCUGUCACUCUUACUGCUGGAGAGUGGUGGUUACCUUGCUCCCACUUGGGGAAGUAACGCUCCCCCAGUUCCGAGUUAAUGUAGAGUUGUUUUUAGAAUCUUGAAAUUCAUGGCAAACAUCAAUAUUUGUGUUAUCAGUGCU